AUGAAAUUAAUUUUUCUUUUAGUUAGCAUAUUUGUAAGUUGCGCAACUGUAUCACAAAGUAAGCUUAAGUCUGAGUUCAUAAUCAAUGAAAAAUGGCCAUUAAAAGUAUUAUAUUAUAAAAAGGGGGAUUUAGGUUUUAUAUUAAAUAAUACUAAAACAACCAACUAUAAAUAUAAGAACAAAUGUGCUUGUAAAAAAUAUGAUAAUCAAGCUGCUGAUUCUCCUAUAAAUACACCUCGAUUUAGAUUUGCUCCAAGUCCAACUGGAUUUUUACAUGUAGGGGGGUGUAGAACAUUUCUAUAUAAUUAUAUUUUGGCAAAACAGAUGAAUGGAAAAUUAAUAUUUCGACUGGAAGACACAGAUGCGAAUAGGAAUACGAAGGAUUCGUUGAGUGAAAUAAUUAAGGAUCUAAAAUGGAUGAAUUUGGAUUGGGAUGAAGGGCCAUAUAAGCAAUCUGAAAAUAUUGAAAAAUACAAAAAAAUUGCCCAUGAUUUUGUUAAGGAAGGAAAAGCUUAUUAUUGUUUUUGCACAAAAGAUGAACUUAAUGAAAAAAAGGAAAUGACAAAAGCUAUGAAAAAAAAGUAUAUAUAUGAUAGGAAAUGUAGAGACCUAAAUGAUGAAACUAUAAAUAAAUGUUUAGGAGAGAAUCGAUUAUAUGCAAUAAGAUUUAAAUCACCAAUUGGAAGAAAAGUUGUAUUAAACGACAUUUUAAAAAAUAAUAUAGAAGAAAAUGUAGACGAAGAUUUUAUCAUUUUAAGAAGUAACUUUUUACCAACCUAUAAUUUUGCAGUUUCAGUAGAUGACCAUUUAAUGAAAAUAUCUCAUGUUAUAAGGGGAGUUGAGCAUAUUUCCAAUACAUUCAAACAAAUACUAGUGAUAGAAGCCUUAAAUGGGAAAAUCCCUCAAUAUGCCCACAUACCUGUUAUAACAAAUUUAGAUAAAAAAAAAAUUAGCAAGCGAAAUAAUGAAUAUUUAAUUAGGAAUUUAAGGGACGAAGGAUUUAAGCCUGAAUGCGUUGUUAAUUAUUUGGCUACUCUUGGAUGGAGCCCCAUUUCAACGAGAGAGUUUUAUAGCUUAGAUGAACUCAUAGAGCACUUUAAUAUACAUAUGGUAAACAAAUCUUCUGUAGUCUUUAAUAUAAAAAAACUAAAAUGGAUGAAUAAGAAUUAUUUAUUAAAUGAAGAUAGUAAAAAAUAUUUAGAGGAGGCAAUCAAAUAUUUAUUUCAGGAUGAAAUGAUAACAGAUAGACAUAAAGAAUUUGUUGAAUUAUGUAUUAGCAUAUUUAAAAAUGAUGUACAUGAUUAUGGUGAAUUAAAAAAAUAUAUCACCGACACUAUUUCUUAUGAUUAUAUGGGAAAUAAUUUAAAUAGCUGUGAUACUGAUUUAAAACAAGUUGCAGUUUUGUUAUGUAAUUGGUUUGAAGAAUAUAAAGAUGAUAAUAUUAACUUAGAGCAUAUAAUGGACAAAAAUUUCAAUAUAUUGAUAGAGUAUAUAUGCAAAAACACCAAAUUUUUGAAAAAAGACAUUUUAUUAAGAAUUCGUAUACUUUUGACGUUUCAAAAAAAAGGUAUUCCCUUUAUAAAUUUAUUGAAAAUAUGGAUAUCAGCCCAAAAAAAUAACAUACAAAAUUAUGUUCCCCUUAGUAAAAGGCUUGAAUACAUAAAGAGUAUAUUUAACAUAUAA